AUGAGCAUUGGGCGUAAUGCCUUUGCAGGUUGCCGCUCUUUGUCCAGUUUGGACAUCCCAAACAAUGUGACUGAAAUUCGGGAUGGAACCUUUGAUGGUUGCGGCUCCCUGAUGACCCUAAGCAUACCUGCAUCUGUGACCCAAAUUGGGCAAGGCACCUUUGUUGGCUGCAGCUCUUUGACAAGUUUGACCAUCCCAGAGUCUGUGACAUGCAUAAAGGAUAGCGCCUUUGACGUCUGCAGCUCUUUGAGGAAGUUGACAUUCCUUCCGGGCCUGCUGUCUAUUGGAAACUAUGCCUUUGCUGGCUGCAGCUCUUUGACAAGGUUGGACAUCCCCAACUCAGUGACAGAAAUCGGAGACGGUGCUUUUGAUGGCUGCAGUUCUUUGACAAGCUUGACCAUCCCUGAGACAGUGAGGAAAAUCGGGCCGUGUGCCUUUGAUGGUUGCAUUUCUUUGACAAAUCUGCAGCUUCCAAAAUCUUUUGGAGGUGUUGAUGCGUCACAAAAUGACGGAUGUGAUGCGAGUUUUCCAGCCAAGAGACGUCGCACAUGA